AAGUGCAGUUGAGCUGUUGUGUGUUUGUGUGUCUCAUGCAGUAAAAUGGCAGAAGCCAGAAUUUCAGUGGAUCAGAAUGAGUCCUUGUGUCCAGUGUGUCUGGAUCUCCUGAAGGACCCAGUGACCACUUCCUGUGGACACAGUUACUGUAAGAUCUGUAUUACAGACUGCUGGGAUCAGGAGGAUGAGAAGAGAGUCUACAGAUGCCCUCAGUGCCGACAGACCUUCAGGCCAAGACCUGCUUUAGCUAAAAACACCAUGCUGGCAGAACUGGUGGAGAAACUGAAGAAGACUAAACUUCCUGCUGACUGUUACGCUGGAGCUGGAGAUGUGCAGUGUGACGUCUGUACUGGAAGAAAACACAAAGCCGUCAAGUCCUGUCUGGUGUGUCUGAUCUCUUACUGUCAAAGUCACCUUGAACAACAUGAGAGUUUGUUUAAAGGAAAGAGGCACAAUCUGACUGAAGCCACUGGACGACUGCAGGAGAUGAUCUGCCAAACACAUGAUAAACUCCUUGAGGUUUUCUGUCGCACUGACCAGAAGUUUAUAUGUGUGCUGUGUACGAUGGACGAACAUAAAAACCACGACACUGUAUCAGCGGCAGCGCAGAGGACAGAGAAACAGGUAUGAAACUAGACACUGAUGAAAUAAUGUUGACACUGUUUAUAUUGGCACCAUAUGAUCAGGAGACAUCAUUCACACUGCAGACGUCACAGAAGUGAAGAGCAGCUGCAAGUGGACUUUCACCGCUGAGCGUAUUUGUGCUUCACAUUUAACUUAACAGAAAAUAUGAUGAAAAUACACCAUAAACAUUUAUCAACACAAACUUUUGUAAAACAGGCUUUAAAGGGGUCAUGAACUGAGAAAUCAAAUCUUUUGACAUAUAAGACAUCAUCAUACUAUAAGAAUGUCCUGUAAGUUUCAAAACUGAAAAUGCCCUUGUUAGUCUAAAAACAGGUUUUAUUGUAACCAAGCCCAGCGAACAGCUGGUUGUGGAAUGUGCCUCUUUAUGACGUAAUAGUGCAACUAAAGACCGCCUCUACAGAAG